CUGGUUAGACGGUCAGCCUCAGCUCUGGUACAGGAUCAGUCAGGAUAGAUGUUUCUGUUAAAUUUUAGCAGGCCCACGAGAAUUUAAACAGUCCAGAACACACGAUACCUCGAUAGCGCUAGAAAAAAAUAAUGGCCAAUCGCUUGGACGAAUUAAACGGACGCCGCCAUUUUGAUUAUGUUGUUGUGGGCUGUGGUGGUAUAGGAAGUGGCGCCCUCUAUUGGCUGUCAAGGAGAGCUCCAGGCAGUGUGCUGGGCCUAGAAAGAUUCAACCUGUACCAUGAAAAUGGUGGAUCACAAGACGUAUCCAGAAUAAUAAGACUGAUGUACCCGAGUGAAAAAUAUCUUAGGUUGACACCGGAUACUUUUAAAACAUGGGAGACGAUAGAAGAAGAGUCUGGCAUGCAACUUGUCUACAAGUCUGGAGGGCUGAUCAUAACAGAGCGAGGGGUCAGUGAUCAGAUUCUGGACGAGUACGAAGACGGCUUGAAGAGACACAACAUGCCGUACCAACGUUGGGAUCACAAGCAGCUCAUGGAGCAUUACCCUCAGUUCACGGUGGGACCGGAAGUAGAAGCCCUAUUCCAGAAGGAUGCUGGGAUUGUGGACGCUGGGCUGGGCAAUUCGUUACAUGUCCAGUUAGCCCAGGGGCGUGGAGCCAAAGUCUUGGACAACUGCCCCGUCUCCAGGAUAGUGCGCAGACAAGAUGGGCUCAUUGAGGUGAGCACUCCACUGGCCAACUUCACGUGCAAGAAGCUCGUGAUAACAGUUGGAGCUUGGAUCAACAAUCUCCUUAGUAUGAUCGGGUGUCACGUGCCUGUCCACGUGACCGAAGAGAAUGUGACGUACUUCGGGUCACCUCACGUGAAGGAAUUCACCACAGACAAAUUCCCCAUGUUUAUAUGGCACGGCACAGGUAAAGACGUGUACGCCCUACCUGUACACGCCAUCAGCGGCACCAAGAUCGGCUUGGACUCAGGUGGACCAGUGGUCACUGGCGACAAGAGGACCUGGACACCCGACCCAGCUAGACUCCAAGAGGUCGUUAAUUUCUGCCGGAAAAAUUUGCCCAAGUAUUUAGGUCCAGUUAUUAAAACUAAGACCUGCCUGUAUGACAUGACACCUGAUCGAGAUUUCCUCCUGGACACCUGUGCUAAAGCCGGCUUCCCUGACGUCAUCGUUUGCUGUGGAUCCAGUCACGGUUACAAGUUCGCAAGCCUUCUGGGUAAAAUCCUCAGCGAGAUGGCAGUGGACGGGGUCACCAAGUACGACAUCUCAGAGUUCCGCUGGGACAGGGAGGGUCUGACUGACCCCAACUUCAAACCAAUCACUGUGCAUUCAGACAAGGGAAAGAGCAAAUUAUGAUUACUCACGGCGUACGAGUAUAAAUCCCGCUAUAACAGCAUGAAACUAGAAAACUGACCCAUCUCACUGUCAGCUGGCUUCUUGUCUACUGAUUAAGAUUGUUUAAAAACAUAAAAGAAAAUAGAAAUAAAGUCCUCGAUUAAA